GUUGCAGAACCUAUUUUUUUCGGUUGUGAUGGUGUUCAGGACAGUCCUAAGAAAACAGACUUUUGUGGUGUUUGUGAUGGUGAUAAUUCAACAUGUACAGAUUGUCAAGGAUAUGUGAGGCCUGGUUUGGUAAAUAAUAAAACCUGUGGUACGUAUAGCUAGAGCCUUGUUGAUGUAUUAGUGUACACAAUAACAUUCCAAGCGAUUAUUGCUUGGUACCUGUGGUUGCAUAUGCAGUAUAAUUGGGUUGAAACAUGGGUCAGAAAUCGCUUAAAAAGCAAAUAACUAUAGUUUAAAUUAAGCAAUAAUAGAAACUUCGCACCUUUCUUAUUCGCGAAUUUCUAGCUCGCCCCUUUUCCAUCGUGGAUUUUAUUCAUCUAUAUCUCUAAUUUAUUAAAUUAGCGUCAAUGAAGAGUAUGGAGGUACAUAAAAUAUAUAGUGUAUACGAUCGACACAAUGUAAUUCAGAGAAUUGAUCCUAAAUGAGAUGUUUUCUGUUAUUAAAGAAUUAUAAAUUUUUAGAAAUGUUUAAUCCGUAGAUUUUCAUGCAUUUUCAAACACAUAGGUUUCUAUCAUCCGUGGAGUGAGUGGAAUGCUUGCUUUAAAAGAAGUGAUGAUGAAAUAACAACAAGAAAUAGAACCUGCUCUGAAAAAGGCGAAUGCAGUCAUUUAGGAGAAAGUGUUCAAUAUAAGAAGUGCAUGUGCACUAACUGUGACGAUGAUGGCGAUGACGAUGAUGAUGAUGAUGAUCAUCAUCAUGAUGAUGAUCAUGAAGAUGAUAAUGAUGGUAGGUCCUACGUAUAUAAGUAUAAAAUAAACGAAAACUACGUACAAAAGUUAUCGUAAUGUACACAAGAUGGUUUAUAGGCGCUAUACAUAAAAUUUUGAACCCCUGGAGAACAAAUGGGGUUUUCAAAACAGUGAAAAGACAAUGGUACAUUCACAUCAUUGAUUCGUAACUGAGUGACACAGUACAAUUGUUAUGAAAGCGUUUUGCAAAUGCCUUUUUGACGACCUUACUAAAGAAUACUUUGAAUCUUUAAAUACGUCCUUAAACCGAAACUUUGAAGUCAAGCUUUGAGUCGAAUUAUAACCUUGUAUAAAUCUUGAGGCUCAUCAGAUACUAAUAUUAUUGUUCUUAGAUACCUUUGCUAUUCCCUCGAACAAAAAACAAUGACGUCUGUUUCUUAAUUCAAUGGCGUUUAAUGGGGAAAACUAAUGAACACUUGAAUACCUUCUCCAUAGAGCCAAGCAAUUUUACGCAACAGCAUGCAUGCAAUGGAAACAAAAUUUUCUUUCACAACCCAAUUUACGUAUCAGAACCUAUGUAAUUUUUUGUCAACUAAAUUUAUCAACCAAUCUAAGUCAUGUGAUGCUUUGUAACAUAGACGGAUUUUCAUAUUUAUUACUGGGGUGGUGCCAGAAAUUUUAGGUGGCUGAGCCAUAAGCAGGUGACUGAAGCAACACAAAGUGUCACCAAACCACAGCAAGGUCUAUAUUCUAGGGGUGGAGCACUAUAGCCGCGAGGGGGAGUCUAGAGAGAAGAAAACAAAGUAUCCCAGGAAAAAAUUGAAAAAAAUCAUGAUUUCUAGCUUCAAAAAAAAGUUUUUGAAGUUGUCAAUUUGUCAUAUCAAUGGAUUUGGCAUGUCCAAUUGUCUGUUAAGAUUUGAGAGAGUUAAAGAGUUAAAGUUAAAUGAACCUAUAAAAGUGUAAACCCAAUAGGCCAAUACACAAUAUGCUUCUACUUUUAUAUAGUCAUUGAUAUUGUGUUGUUUGAAUCCGAGUACAAUUUAUGAUGCAACUCCGAUGUAAAUAAUAUUUGGGGCAUAAAGAUUAAAUCUAGGCACGUCUAUUUCCUAAAAGAAUUAAAAAUUAAAAAUAGCUAGUGUUCGUAAAAAUUCCAAACGUACCUUGCGUGCAAGCUAUUCGCAUGACAAGGCACUGCAAACUCUAUUCAGGGAAGAUAAUAGAGUUUCAAAACUUUACAAUUGCUCCAAUAAAUCAGUAAUGCAAGCGAGGAGCGACUGGUUUCAGAGUGUUGCACUGUCUUUUUCUGUUCGAGUGUACUCCUACGUUUAUUUUGUAUCAUCAACACUCUGCACGUUGGAGUGGACUAUUUAAUUAUUUAUUUAUUAUGCCGAGUAUUGGGGAGGGGGGUUGGAAAUUUUUCUGGAGGGGUGGACAUUUUGUUUGUGGGGGGGAGGGGAGGGGGUUAUAGCUAAUAUUGGGGGGGGAGUAGCACCCCCCUGCACCCCCAGAAAAUCCGUCUAUGCUUUAUAAUUUAUACAUCAUUAUUUAACUAACACUAUCACGUACUAUUGACCCGGACUUGCCUUAAAAUCGCUGUUCACGAAUAAAAUCUAUGGUGCUGCAUGGAUAUAAUUAUUUUCACAUUUAUCGUUUCUUCUCCCAUUCUUACAAGUAAAAUUACGUGAAUAAUAGGCUAAUGCAAUUGUCAUCCAACCACCAACCACCUACUGUUCCACGCCCAGUAGGUGGAUAUGUUUAGUUUAAUUUAUCUAACUUUGCCUUGGUAACAAAAUUAAAAAAACCCGUCAAACUAUACGUAUACACAUGUAUAAAUCAAGGUAGGAUUUCCGCAACUGCUACGGCCAGUUACCGCGAAUAUAUUCGAUAAAUUUUAAGUAAUUAAAUCAAUCAAUCAAUUAACGGAACUGUUCAAUUGACGCGUUCAAUCAAUCAAUCAAUCAAUCAAUCAAUCAAUCAAUCAACCAACCAACCAAGAGAUCAAUCAGUCAGACAGUUACGUCAUACAGAAUAAUAAGAAUAUAAAAAAAACAACAAAAAAACCCAACACAAAACACGUUGACUGAGAUUUACACACAAUCCAGUUUGAAAAUAACAUGAAAGAUGCCUGUCAACGCCGCAACUUGCACGAGGUUCAGAAACAACAAGGAGAGGGAACCAACUUAAUAGACUACAAACACAAUUACAUUUGACACAGGUUGUCUUCCAUGUACAUGGGUCGUCUUGGGUUGAGACAGGUUAAGCGUUUAUACAAGCAGCCCGGUGUGAGGGUAUAUACAUUACAGGUGGUGGAAUUGUGGUACUAAGGGAGGUGAAGAAUCCCUAGCCCCUCCACAAACUUUUGAAAAUCAGAAUAAAGGAAGAGGAGUUAAUCAUCUCCAAACACAAGCUUUGUUAUAUCCCACCGGGCACACGACGUUGUUUCAACGUUGGAAUUUGGUAGAAAAAAGGUUGCGACGUCGACAACCUAAUAUCUACGUUGCUCUGACGUUGUUUUACAAACAUUGGUUCAACAGCAGCCAACAGACGUUGAAUUAACGUUCAUUCAUGGUUAAAUGUACGACGUCGAUUUGUGAACCAAUCUCAACAUUGUUUUAACGUGGAUUCAACGUUGAAUUAUGGUUGACGAGAUUGGCAACCUAAUUUCAACGUUGUUUCAAAGUCGAAACAGUAACGUCGAUCCAAUUUGCAUAGUCAACCCUUUUUCAACGUCUAUCCAACGUCUGGAAGGUCAUUUCCAACGUUGAUUCAACGUUGGAUAAACGUCAUUUUGCCCGCUGGGAUAUUACUUACCCCUAAUUCCCCUGUACGUGGCUUGAAACAGCUGUUGUGGGUGAUUAAGAUAUUGAACCGUCGAGGUUUCGGCAUGCCGAAUCUUCCUCAAAACGUUGAAAAGGCCAUUUCGGAGGCUAUAUUACAAAAUUAUCCGACCUAAAGUCUGUUUAGCACCUUCCCAACCAAACAAAUCUUCCGCUGUCUACUGUAUAUGUUAUUCUAUGCAUUGAUGCCCCUUGGACACACUGGAAUGCCACUUGACCUAUUGUCUCUGUUUAUUUAAUAUCAACCAUGAUGUCCUAUCUGUUCUACUUUCGUAAUGUAAACAUUAUUUACUUUCUUAUACAGAUGACAGAAAAACUGUGACGUUUUAUCUUUCUUAUGUUGGAUUACCUCUCCUUGCCAUGCUCUUUGUUAUGGUAACUCUGGUGUCGUGUUGCUACUGCAUCUGCAAGAAGAAAAAAUCGAGUAAUACUGUCAAACCUCUAGCUACUACUUAUGUUAACAGCGCAUUUGAAACGCCCUUAGAUAGCAAACCUCGAGCUACACGCAACUUUGUGAUGGAUACAUGUCAUAAAUAGUCAAAUAUUUAAAUAUUUAAAGUUUCAGCUUUCGCACAUAGACAUAGUGAUAAUUGUGGGCUCUCUUGGAAAUUAUAUGAUUAUGAUAAUUUUAUUAAUAAGACUUUGAAGUUUUAUACAGGAACGUAUCAUGAUUCAGCACUAAUUGUUCCCAAGGGUGCAUAAACACAAUAGAAAAAAAAUUAUGAUGUACUGUACAGUAUAACUUGGACAAUUAGAACGUAUUUUCAAAUCCCAGGAGCACAAUAAUAAGUUGCACUGGCGGUGAAAUGCUAGUUAGCAGUGGUUGUUAUGCGAAUUGUAGGGUUGCAGUUUUUUAUACGCCCUGUAGUAGAGCACAUGUGCUCCACCAAACAGGAACAAUUGAGAUAGAUAAUUAUACACUUGCCAAUAAUUCUAAGAAAAAGGCAAAUUAAAAUAGUUCAAAAUUUAUUAUUAAUUUAUUUGCAAUCUCCAAAAGCUAUAUAUAGAUGCUGCUUGGUAUUGCAUUUUGCCACUAAGAAAGAAGUGUGUUAUUGUGAAGUAAAUAUGCAUUAAAGGGCAAUGGCAACAAAAAUUUGUAUUGUCUAUAUUAAAAGUGCUGC